AUGAUGGACGGUGUAGAUGUUUUUCUAGCUGUUCUCAGAGUGGGCCCUCAUCCCACCUGGCCCACUCUCCCUCUUGCCGUGGCAUGUGCUCACGCUGUUCUCCCUCCUCUCCCGUUUUCCACAUCCUCACACGUUCCUCCGGUCCGUCCCAGUGGGGAUCACAACGCGAUGGACGAUGAAGACGUACUUCUGGCUGCUGCUGUGGCGACCCCUCUCUCCUCUUCUAAUCCUUUUACCCUUUUCAACAUCUGCUCACUUCCUUGCCCUUGGCAGUCCGGCCCGACAGAGAUCACAACUCGUUGGACGAUGAAGAUGUACUUCUGGCUGCUGCCAUGGCGCCCAGAGGUCGUCUUCACAGGCCUUUCCAUCUACGGCAUCGACCCGCGCUCGCAGCAAUUCAUCAGUCACAGAGACGUGCGGGAUUACCCUGCCUACCAAGUCGUUCAGGUCAACUCGCCCGUCCAAUCAGCGGCGGACAUCUGGCCCUCUGCUCCUGGCACUCCUCCCAGUCCACAAGUGGAAAAGCUAAAGAGGUACUUCCAGGGAGCCAAUAGCCAGAGGAAAACUAUUCCCGAGGGCCCCCUCAUGCUCAGCAGCCCUCCAGAGUCCGCCGCGCAGGAUAGAAUAUUAGCGAUUGCUGUGCCUCUCGAUGCUGAUGCUCCCACUCCAACCGAUCCUGAUCUCACUGUUGUCACAAUGCCACGUGGCACAUGGGCUGCAGUAUCAUUCGGAGGGCUGCCAUUGGUGGAGACAUUCUCGUCAGCAGCUGCUGCUCUGCGGGCUGAUGCCACCUCUGAUGGCCUGCUGCUGGCCUCAAGAGGAGCCGGCUCAGACAGGUCUACAGAUUCCGCUGACAGCACUGCUACAGAUGCUGUGAAGGGAGGCACGGGGUUGGGUGCUGCAGCUUCUGCUCUGGUGUCCUACCCAAGUGCGUAG